AUGUUUAGAUCCACCUUUGGAAGACUGAAACGUCUUUUUUCAACAUUUUCAUUUGUCAAAUCAUCAUAUAACAAUGUUCCUAGAAAAACACUUGCAGAUAUAAGACAGUUAUACGACUCUGGAGAACCGAUCUCCAUGGUGACUUCGCAUGAUUUCAUCACUUCUCAGUUUUUAGAACAUGCUAAAGUAGAUAUCAACCUUAUAGGGGAUUCAUUGGCUAACACCACACUAGGUUAUGACGACACAAAUGAAUUGACAUUGGAUGAAUUCUUAUAUCAUGUCAAAUCAGUUCAGCGAGGGAAUGCACAUUCUUUGUUGAUUGCCGAUUUACCAUUUGGUUCCUUUGAAAGCUCUGUUGAACAAGCUACACAGACCGCUAUUAAGUUGAUUCAAAAGGGUAAAAUCCAAGGUGUGAAGAUCGAAGGGGGCGAUGAUGAAAUAAUACCAACGAUUAAAAAAUUAGUCUCAAUUGGAAUACCAGUUAUGGGUCACGUUGGCUUGACUCCGCAAAAACAUAAUGCUUUAGGUGGAUAUAAAUUACAAGGAAGAACCGUUGAUGAUUCCGUAAGAAUAUUCAAGGAGUGUAUGAAAUUACAAGAAGCUGGUGUAUUUGCGAUUGUUUUGGAAUGUAUCCCUAACAAAUUAUCACAAUACAUCACAGAAAAAUUAUCUGUGCCUACAAUUGGAAUCGGUGCUGGCCCUCAUACAUCUGGUCAAGUAUUGGUGAUUUCAGAUUUAUUGGGCAUGAGAGGAUCACAUGUUCCAAAAUUCGUACAACAAUAUGGUAACUUUCUUGAGCAAGCUGUAAACGGAAUCAAGAAAUACCAAGAGGAUGUGAAAUCAAGAACGUUUCCAAACCCAGAUGCACAUGGUUUCAAAAUGAAGAAAGAGGUAUUGGAUCAAUUUAAAGAGAAUGUCAAAGAUUUAUAG